GUCAAAAGGAACAACAUUGUCUGCAGCCUUAGAGAAAUGCUCGACUGUAGCACAAAGAAAUUUCAUGACAAGUUUGGCUUUUCAGAGCACCUGACAAACAAAAUAGGAAUCUGCAUAGCUUAACAUAACUGCAGAACAGAAUAUGCUGCACGCAGCUCAAUGCAGUCGACCAGAUUGCUGAAAGUAUGGGAAGGUGAAAAAGCAUAGACAUCUGUUUCUUGAUCUUCACUAUUACAGAGUAUCAAAAUAAUGUUGUGAACAAUUGCACAAGUAUGGUGGUCGAUCCUGUCAUAUAGAAUUGGAGAGGGCCGUCAAGCGAAAUCCACUAUGCUCUCUUUUGGAUGUCACGAACAUUCAUUCUGACAACCAGAUUUUGUGAAGGUCAAACUUGAAAUUCUUGUUGCUUCGAAUGCUCCUUUUCACGUUUGUAGUAAUCGUAUUAUUAUUCUCUUUUCCCCCUUUGGAUCGGCCGACUCAACAAAAAAAUACUUUUCAAGUCUGAGAGCCCAAAUAUCAAUUUUACUAAAGGGCCCAAAGUUAAAGGACCAGGCCUGCCUACAAAGUCGCUACUUUGGUUUCCUAUAAACUGCUUGCCGUUUUAGAUUUUUUGACAAAACCGUCCAUCACCGAGUUUGGAUCCAACACAGCAAGAGACAAGAGUACUAAACUCCGUCCGGUCGCGGAAGCCAUUGAUUCAGUUAUCAGUUACUACAGUACAAGCUUAGGGUUUUAACUUUUAAAGUGGGUUGUAACCUUUGCCAAAACCGGAAGAGGGAUUGAAGAUAUCUUGUUUAUAAUCGCAGUGGCAGGGAUAAGGAGCAAGUAAGGAUGAGCGAGAGGACCCUGGGAAGCGGGGUCGAGCAUGUAUUGAACUAUCUGAAACGUAGGCAGCUCGAGAAUCCUGGUUUCUUGUACGCAAUGGAGGACGACUGUGGGAAUGUAUUUUGGGCGGAUCCAACUUGCAGGUUGAAUUACACCUACUUUGGUGAUACCGUAGUUUUUGACACCAUGUACAGGAGGGGUAAGAGGUAUCAAGUGCCAUUUGCUGCCUUCACCGGGUUUAACCAUCAUGGGCAGCCUCUUCUUUUUGGUUGUGCUCUCAUUCUCAACGAGUCUGAGUCCUCCUUUGCUUGGCUUUUCCAUACUUGGCUUCAAGCAAUGUCUGCUCCCCCUCCUCCUUCUAUUACAGUUGAACCAGAUCGGCUGAUACAGGUUGCUGUUUCUCAAGUUUUCUGUCAGACCCGCCUUCGUUUCAGCCAGCCCCUCAUCUUCAAGGAAACUGAGGAGAAACUUGCUCACCUCUAUCAGUCUCAUCCUAGCUUUGAAUCCGAAUUUAUAAACUGCGUUACUGAGACAGAAACGGCUGCCGAGUUUGAGGCAUCUUGGGACAUUAUCGUCAGAAGAUAUUAUCUACAGGAUAACGACUGGCUCCAGUCCAUUUAUAAUGCUAGGCAACAAUGGGUCCGUGUCUUCAUCCGAGACGCCUUUUAUGGGGUGCUGUCUACAAAUGAAGGGAGCAGCAGUCUGAACUCAUUCUUCCAAGGGUUUGUAGAUGCAUCAACUACGAUGCAAACGCUCAUACAACAGCAUGAUAAAGCAAUUGAUAGCUGGCGUGAGAAAGAACUGAAAGCAGAUUAUGAAGCAAUUCACUCUACUCCAGUUAUGAAAACUCCCUCUCCCAUGGAAAAGCAAGCUGCUAGCCUGGCCAAUAACGUUUCUACUCUUCCAUCUCGGUAUCUGCUGAGGCGAUGGACCAAAUCAGCAAAGACUAGAGGCAGUGAGGAACAACCCGAGUUUUCAAACAGUUGUCAAGAAUCUUUAACCGUCUGCUACAACAAUCUACGCCAAGAAGCAACCAAGUAUGUGGAGGAGGGCGCCAAAUCUAUUCAGAUUUAUAAAGUUGCGAUGGAUGCCUUGGAUGAAGCUGCCAAGAAGGUUGUUGCUGCAAGUAACAAAUUUAGAGGAGCAACACCUGGAACUACACUUCCCAACGGCGAUCCAUACCCGUCUGAGGAAGCUCGAGAAACUACAAGUGCAAUGAAUCUUCCAGGGGGUGAAAAGGAGAGGACAAUACUUGAACUGACAACUGAAUUGGAGAGGACAGGCCAGCGAUGCGAAGUUUAUCGAGCAAACCUGCUGUCUAUUUUGAGAGAUAUGGAAGAACAGAAGUUUCAGCUUUCCCUCAAGGUACAAAAUGCUAGACUAAGCUUGAAAGAGUGAGUGCUACCUGCUGGAUACAUAACAUCACAAUCAUAUGCUGGUUGGUAUUGCGAACAUUUAUGGGAAUCAACUUCGUCUCUUACUCAUUAUGAAAUGAUUGGGAGUACUUAUUGCAAAGGCUACUGUGUAAUAGGGAAAUCCUGAAAAUUGGGUCCCUUUUUCAAAAACGCUAAGAUAUUGUACAAUGAGCAAUCAUAUGAAAAGCCAAAUAAUUUAAUUAA